AAUCAUCACAAUAACAUUUCCACCUCAUUUACAUUACAUUCACUAUGGGGUUGAUGGAUAACUUCAAGGCUUUCGUGCAUCUGAUCACCACAGAUGACCACUACGCUACAUACGACUCUCCUUACAAACAUACCGGCAGUGCCAAUGGUAGCAAUGUCGAAGGAGGCUCAGGAGCUAAUGGAUCGUCGUCCAGACUUUCCGAACUCAACCGUCUCAAUGCGUACCAAAACUCUUCGAGUCAUUCUCUUGUAGACGGCAGUCGCAACAGCUCAACUUCCAAUGUAGGCUACAGACCUGGUCAAAAGUCGUCUGGAACUGUUACUGAGUACCCUUUGCAAACUUUGAACCAGAGCGGACAACCUCCUCUACCAACCAUUGACUCGCUUUGGGACAGAAUCGAAAGUUGGAUCGACGAUGAGUACCCCGAGUUGGAAGACUACUUGAACGAUGGAGUCACCACUGCCGACUUGAACGAGUUUGAAAACGACUUGGGCUGUGGUUCGCUUCCUGUAGAAUUCAGACAAUUCUAUAAGAGACACGAUGGCCAAUUUCGUGGAGGUAAGCCAACCGGUUUGAUCAUGGGCCUAGCUCUUUUGGACUUAGAGGGAAUUGCUGAAGAGUAUGCUGUCUGGUCCAAAGUAGCCCAAAGGUUGGAAGGUCAACAGUACAUUGUUCAACAGCAACAACAACAGCAGCAAAAAGAAACUUCCUCCAGUGCUGCCACCGCUACUCAAAGACCUUUAAGCAAUACAUUCAUAGCUAACCAGAGAUCUAUUCCACCUAACUCGGUGCAGCCAUAUUAUUACCACAAGGGCUGGGUUCCUAUCUUGAAGGACCACAUUGGUAACCAGAUAGCAUUGGAUUUGGCACCAGGUCCUCAGGGUAUAUGGGGACAAGUCAUAAUAUUCGGAAGAGAUUACGACACCAAGUUGGUUGUAGCUUCGAGUUUCCAAGAAUUUAUUUUCAACUUCGUCAAUGAUUUAGAAGCAGGAAAUUACGAAAUUGACUCCGCUCAACUUCAUGAAGAUUUGGGAUACCUCUCGAACUCCAGAAACGACGACUACAUGAUUGGCGAUGAAGACGAAGACCAAGGUGAAUUGACUUUUUACGAUCAGGGUGGAAAGGAGUUCGGCAAGGGUGCCCUCAAAGGAGUUUCUAGUUACGUUGAAGUUAUCAAGAGAAGAUCGUUGAAGAAAUAUGGUUUGACAGAAAACUUCUCGACUACUUUCACUCCUGUAAGGGUUCCAGUUAAGAAACCUGCGGCUCCAUCUGCCACUGAAAGCGGCUCCAACACUCCCUUGAGAGCUCAAAGUCCUUCCUUGGGGCAGUCGAGCACUGCUGCUAAAAGUUCUGGAUCCAGUCCGUUGAUCAAUGUAGAAUCCGCCAACAAGAGUGUAACUUUACAAAGAGAAACCAUUAUCGACGACAAGCUCGAAACUGAGACAGAAAACAAAAUCGAAGACAAGAUAAUAAAAGAAGAACCAGAAAUAGCCUCCAAAACAGAGGAAUCGGAUGAUGCUCUUGUAACUGCGGAAGAAUCUGAGCAGCCAGAAGAUCAGCCUUUGAUCGAAGGAUCUGAAGGAAUUGAAGAAGGCUUGAAGGACGUUGCUUUAUAGAUUUUUGUCGUUUACUUUGUAUUUUCCUCACUUAUACCAGUGAAUUCAGUCCGGGUUAUUCAAAUUAUCACCUAUCCUAUCGUAUAUAUAUAAAUCCAUAUUAGUCAUU